AUGAGUGACAGUUGUCAUCAUGAAAAAUCAGAUUCAACAAAUCCAACAUCAACAUCAGAUGCAGUAAAAAUGAAUAAAAAAAUUGAUGUUAAAGUCGGCAAUGAUCAGGGAAAUAUUAGUUUUACAACAAUUAAAACUGAUGCUGUUGGUCCAUGUCAUUCUUUUUUACUUCCCGGCGCCGUUUCAGACGCUCGGAAGAUUCUCCUGGGUAUCGAUGUUACAGGUUUUCAAUUUAAUGAAAUUCAUAAAUUACAAAUGUUAGGAGGUGGCAGCGUGCCCUUAUAUCCGAACCGUAUCCACAAUGGAUUCUUGUUAGUGAACAAUGUCUACACCAAUAUGCAAAUUCAAGAACAAAUUCAACAGCAACUAUAUGAUUCACAAUUACAUCAACGAUUAUCAAUGCACUUAAUAAAACAACUGAAAGGAAAUAUAAAGAUAUUACCUCCAAUUACUUGUUUUACUCCUGAUCCUGAAUCAGAUGAAGAAGAAGGUAAAUAA